UUACAAUUGCAUUUGAAGAAAUAAUGGCAGAUAAAAAGCCACAAGUGGAAACCACCAAUCGUCCGGAUGAGUGGAGGAUUGAGCAGGGAUUAUCCGGAGCGAGCCUCCCUGUCCUUGACAUGACUGGCCCUGAGACGCUUCACAUACCUCCCCAAGUAUUUGGCGAGCUGACCAAGGAUGAAGAAGCUAUCAAGGCCGUUGGUGAUCGUGACAAGCUAUUUGCUCGCGAGAGGAAGGGCUGGGUAGGAUUUGUAGAGUGGGAAAACCAUCCUGACAAGAAAUUGGCGGCACACAAAAUCCUGACUGCGCAAACAUUUCCACCAAAUCCAGAGUUCCAGCUAGGCCCUAUUCCAGGAACGAACCCUGUCCUUCCUGGAACUCACUGGAAGAUGUGGCAUCAUGCUGUCGGUGGCGAACUCACUCAAAUCCCAGACGACUCCUGGGACAUUGUUUUGAAAGAGAAGCAUCCUGAUAUGCUUCACCUGUUGCAAUUCCCAUACAAUGGAGAGCCACCUAAGCGACUCGUUACUGCUAAAGAGAUCACACCAAAUUCAUUGCAUUUUGUCAGAAACCAUGGCGGGAUCCCGAUUAUUGACAAAGCCGACUAUAGCUUCAUGAUAGACGGCCUUGUCAAGACACCACGUUCGUUCACUUUAGACGAGCUCAUGGAUCAAACAAAAUUCCCUCGCAUCGAGAAAGUGGCGACUAUACAAUGUUCCGGCACUAGACGCAUUGAACAGAUUCUGAAGUAUCCUGGUCAAGGCGACGAAGUUCCACAGGCGCCUUGGGCGGAAGGUGCGAUUAGUACCGCUAGCUACGUGGGUGUCAGCCUCAAGAAGGUCAUCAAGGCAUGUGGUGGAUUGAUCGAUGGCGGAAAGCACCUUGAGUUCUAUGGUGCUGAUACCUACUUCAAAGAUGACAAAGUCAUGAAUUAUCUUGUCAGCGUCCCAUGGUCGAAGGUCAAGGCAAACGAAGUCCUCUUAGCAUGGGAGAUGAACGGAGAGCCACUCCCUCGCAUUCAUGGCUACCCUCUCCGGCUUGUUGUCUUGGGCUAUAUUGGUGCAAGAAGCGUGAAGUGGGUAUAUCGGAUUAAAGCCAUCGAUAAGCCAUCCCGGGCGCCGGUGCAAAGCCAAGAGUAUCUCUAUUUUCCCCAGCAAGUGGGCAAGCAUAACCUGAAAUUGACAGACGGGAUACAAAUUCAAGAAAUGCCAGUCAGUUCGGCAAUCAUGUCACCAUGGACAAAGCAAGUGGUCAUCCACAACGGCAAAAUACGAUGCAAGGGUUGGGCUUACUCUGGCGGCGGUCGAUGGCCAGAACGCGUCGAGCUUUCGGCGGACGGCGGGUUUAACUGGUACACAGUCCCUGUCGAAAAUAUGUCCAAGAAGCGCAAGUGGACCUGGCGUACCUAUGAGUUCGACCUCCCGUGUGACGUUGAAGGUUGGGUUGAGAUUGUGUGUCGAUGUUGGGAUAACGCACUGAACACACAGCCUCCUGACGUCCGAACUGCUUGGAACUGGGGCUUGCAUGUCACUAGCUCCUGCCAUCGUAUCUCCGUAUAUAGCGUCAACAAGUCUAGACCCUUAACCAAGACCCGCCUUGAAGAGUUCGACAAAGCCAACAUUCCUUUCGCGUCCAUCACAGUACCGCUCGCGUUUCCAAGUCAGAAAUGGGAGGCCUACGAGAAGUAUUGGGCGGAUCAUGAUCCGCGCGACGCUGAUGAAUUCUAAGUCCAUUGGUACGCGAUGAGUAUUCUUCUCCAUAUAUGUACUUAUUCGGCACAGAAGAACUAUCGAAUAUCAAGAGUUUUCAUUAGCUGUGAUCCAG